UCCAAUGGAAUUAUCGUCCUACGCUUUUUGGAGAGGGCGAUGAAAGCUCCAGCUCCAUGAACCAAAGGGAAUGGGUAUGGAGUCCAGCAGAGAAGAAGUGCCUCUUUCUCCUCCAGCGAAGGAACACCAAGGCAACACUUCUCCAGGUCCACGCUUUCAUGAUCCAAAACGCCCUCCAAACCAACGUUAACCUCCUCACUAAACUUAUAACCACCUUUGCCACCGUCGUCCCCGCAUCUGGUAUCCACCAUGCCCGCCGUAUAUUCGACUUCUGCCAUCGAAAGAACGACACUUUUCUUUGCAAUACAAUGAUUAAAUCCCAUUUAGCUGCGCGUCAGUAUAGUGAAGCUACACGUCUGUAUACAUAUUUGCUAAAAAAUGAAGCGUUUAAGCCAGACAACUACACAUUUUCCAGCCUUGCUAAGUGUUGUGGGCUAAAUUUGGCGGUCUGGGAAGGCUUGGGAAUUCAUAAUCACGCUAUGAAAAGUGGGUUUGUAUCUAAUUUGUAUGUUGGGACUUCAUUGGUUGAUAUGUAUGGGAAGUUUGGAGAAAUGGGUUUUGCGAGAAAGAUGUUCGAUGAAAUGACUGAGAGAAGUUCCGUUUCUUGGACUGCUCUCAUUGAUGGGUACGUGAAAGAUGGUGAUAUGGCUGCGGCUUUGGGACUUUUUUAUUUUAUGCCGGAGAAAGAUGUGGCCGCCUAUAAUGUGAUGAUUGAUGCUUAUGUAAAGAUGAGGGAGAUGGGUUUGGCUAGGAGUUUGUUCGAGACAAUGCCGGAGAGGAAUGUAGUGUCUUGGACUAGUAUGAUUGAUGGUUACUGUAGUAUUGGUGAUGUUGAUGAAGCUAGGUUGUUUUUUGACGCGAUGCCAGAGAGGAAUUUGUUUUCUUGGAAUGCAAUGAUUGGGGGAUAUUGCCAAAAUAAGCAACCCCAUGAGGCUUUGAGGUUGUUUCAUGCAUUGCAAAUGGAGAGGAUGAUUGAACCAGAUGAUGUUACUCUUGUGAGUAUUCUUCCAGCUAUUGCUGAUCUCGGUGCUCUUGAAUUGGGGAGCUGGGUUUACCAUUUUGCUAGGAGGAAAAAAUUGGAUAGAUCAUCAAAUCUUUGCACUGCCUUGGUUGAUAUGUAUGCAAAGUGUGGAGAAAUUGAGAAAGCUAGAUGUGUUUUUGAUGCCAUACAGUUAAAAGAAACAUCUAUAUGGAAUGCUUUGAUUAAUGGGUUGGCAGUGAAUGGGCGUGCUGAAGAAGCUCUAGAGGUAUUUUUGGAGAUGAAGGGUAAAGGGUUCAAGCCAAAUGAUGUUACCAUGCUUGGAGUUUUAUCAGCUUGCAACCAUGGGGGUUUAGUGAGGGAAGGAAGGAGAUGGUUUAAAGCAAUGGAAGGAUUGGGGCUUACCCCGAGAGUUGAGCAUUAUGGCUGUCUUGUAGAUCUGUUGGGAAGGGCAGGAUGUCUGGAUGAAGCUGAAAGCUUGAUUGACCGCAUGCCUUACGAGGCUAAUGGAAUAAUUUUAAGUUCUUUUCUAUUUGCUUGUUACUAUGCUAAAGAUAUUUCGAGGGCUGAGAGAGUAAUAAGAAAGGCAAUUGAUAUGGAACCUUGGAAUGAUGGGAACUAUAUUAUGCUAAGAAAUCUUUAUGCCUGUGAGAGAAGAUGGAAUGAUGUAGAAGAGAUCAAAGGUUUGAUGAGCAAAAAGGGGGCAAAGAAGGAGGUAGGUUGUAGUGUCAUCGAGAUCAAUGGCAAGGUUUGUGAGUUUGUUGCUGGGGAUAAACUGCACCCAGAGUCAGCUGUCAUACACUUAGCCAUGGAGCAUUUGCAGUUGCACAUGAAGGCAGAGAGUACUUAUUGGUUCUGAACAACUUAAACUGAUUGAAGCUU